AUGAAGCAGGAAUACUCGCACUUCUGGCUCGCUGUGCUUGAUAACGAUAUCCCCGCUAUGCGCUAUUGGGCUGAGGAGUUUGCCGGCAUCACUGAAGACAUCAAGUUCCAGAUCUUUGCUGCUGCCAUCACUGGAAGAGCUCCCGAAAUUGCCCUCAACUUCGACAUGUCGAAACUGCGCCUGAAAGACGAGAUCUCCCACAUCCAGCCACGAAGAAGGCGUCUUAGAAGGGUUGAUGGAGUUUUGAGCACAAUGCCUAGACUUUUGCUUUUAAUCUUGAAGACUAACGAUUUGACUCGUUAUUUGGACGAAGGGUUACGCAAUCCUUUGGGGCCUGUGCGGACGUUCUCUAUUUUGGAGAAGUACUAUGCCAAGAUCGUAUAUGACGAGGCUAUGGACGGGCUCCGGUACCAGUACAGUCUGUGGCUGGUGGUGGGUAACUUGAAGCGGUUAAGCACGUGGUGGGCUUACCAGACACGGUGCUCGCUGUUGUACAUUUACGACCUUCUCUUCUGGGUGAAGAAUGCGUUCAAAGGAACCCACUAG